AUGUCAAGUACGAUCAAGCAUCCUCGUUGCCUACGAGCACGCAUAUGGAACGCUCGUUACGCGCUCGCGCUCAUCUUGGCGGCACUUGGAGCUGUUUACGUACAGCUGGAUGCAGAGGCACGUGCGCACAUAGCGCUCAACUGGUGGAGCUCCGCCGGUGUGUUCCUCGCGACGCUCGUUCUGAUCCCGCGUUUCUCACCGCUUUUCAUCAAAGCAGGACUCUAUGGGCGUGACUUGAACAAGCCGCCGACGAAGCAAGAGGGCGCUGAUGCGACGCAAGAGCAGCCCUUGGUGCCAGAAGCGCUGGGCCUUGUAGCGGCUGCCGUAUACCUCUGCGGGCUGUGCUUCUUCCACUUGUUCCGGGGUCCAGAGGCGACCCCUUUCUACAACGCCGCCCUCGCCUCCGUAACAUUUAUGAUUCUGCUUGGGUUCGCGGAUGAUGUGCUUGAUCUGCGUUGGCGCGAUAAGAUGAUUCUACCGAGCGUGGCGGCUCUGCCGUUGUUGGCAGCCUACACCGGCUCCACAACGGUCAUCGUACCGCAGCCGGUUCGACAGUGGUUCGGUUGGCUGCUCACCAAAGUGGCCUCGUUUUCAUACGGCAAAGAAUGGGCCAAGCUCUGGAAACUACCCGUUGUUGUACCGCGACUGGUCGAUCUCGGUUGGAUAUACAAACUCUACAUGCUCCUGCUGGCGGUGUUCUGCUCAAAUGCCAUUAACAUUCACGCGGGAAUCAAUGGUUUGGAAGUUGGUCAAGCCAUCGUCAUCGGCUGUGCUGUUGCGUUACAUAAUGCAGCGCAUUUGCGAGGCUGGUUCGCCUUGCCAGUUGCAGACCCCGAACGUCUACGAGCGAACCAUCUGUUUUCCUUGGACUUGAUCGUGCCAUUCCUGGCGACCAGCGCCGCGCUCUUUGUUCACAACUGGUAUCCUUCGGCAGUAUUCGUCGGCGAUACCUACUGCUACUUUGCAGGUAUGUGUUUGGCCAUGGCUGCGAUCUUGGGACACUACAGCGAGACGCUCCUCCUCUUCUUCGUUCCGCAGGUGUUCAAUUUCCUGUACAGCUUACCGCAAUUACUGGGGAUCAUCCGGUGUCCGCGCCAUCGACUGCCGCGGCUGAAUCCGAAGACUCGCAAGCUUGAGGGCGUUCCGAGCCACAUGAACCUGCUCAACCUGGUCCUCCUGCUCUGCGGCCCAAUGACGGAGCGACAGCUCUGCCUUGUUUUGAUGAUCUUGCAGGCACUGUGUUGCGCGUUAGCCUACGGAUUACGCAUGUACGUCCUACGCAGUGUGGCGUGGUUCGCCUAG